CCGUUAUAGUCCCGCGUGUUUUCAAUAAGUCUUGCGAGUGAAUUAAGAGAGAACGUAGAAACAACAUAUUUGACUGUAUAUUGCAAAUAAAUCGUGUCAAAUAUGUUCACGGCAGUUAAGCCCCUUUCGAAAUAUUUGCAACUGAAGUCGGUUCGCAUUUAUGAUGUUAUUUUCACAUUCCAUGCAAAAGUUACUUGUACCAUUUUGGUCGCUUUCACAAUUUUGCUUUCUGCAAAACAAUAUUUCGGUGAUCCAUUAAUUUGCAUAUCAAAUAUGAAUGAGAAGGACUUUGUACACUCCCAUUGCUGGACACUGGGAAUGUAUAUAAUGAACUACGACGAUGACGAAUUGGCGGAGAAACGAGAGAAGAUAAUUGAAAAAGAUUACAAAGACUACUUUCUCAGGAGUGAAUAUGUGCCAGAAAUAGAUAGCAAUCUAUUACAUAACACGGCUUCUUUGAUGGCUUCUAACGGACAAGAGCGCAUCUUUCUACGUUAUUAUCAAUGGGUGGUGCCUGUCCUGCUGCUGCAAGCGAUUUUCUUCUACCUGCCUGCAUUUCUAUGGAAGGUUUGGGAGGGCGGACGCAUGAAGACUCUCUGCUCCAAUCUGGAUAAUGUGCUGGAGCCGAAAAAUGAAACUAGAACGCAUCUGCGCAAGCUGGCCAAAUACUUCACUAACGACUAUAAGGACACACAUCUCCGCUACUUUAUAUCCUAUAUAUUCUGUGAAAUUUGCAACUUUGUGAUUAGCAUUGUCAACAUGCUCUUGCUGAAUGUGUUUUUAGACGACUUCUGGUCGCGCUAUGUGAAGGCUGUGGCUGCAGUGCCUGCGUAUAACUGGGAUGAAUGGAACCGCAUCACGACACACAUAUUCCCUAAAAUAGCCAAAUGCGAGAUAUUAAAAUUCGGAUCUAGCGGCACCCUGGAAUCAAUUGAUAAUCUCUGUUUACUGCCGCUCAACAAUUUGAAUGAGAAAAUCUUUGUUUUCAUGUGGAUCUGGUUUAUAGUCAUGGCCUUUUUGGCAGGCCUAAAGAUCAUCUAUCGCCUGCUCGUCAUUUUUCAUCGGGGUCUGCGUUUUCAGUUACUGCGCGCGCAAAGUCGCUUCAUGCCACAAUCGACACUGAAACGAGCCGUGCGUAAUUUCAGCUGCGCCGACUGGUUUAUGCUAAUGCGCGUCAGUAGCAACAUAAGUCGUGAGCUAUUUGGCCAGCUGAUGGAACUGCUCUAUGAAGAACAACAAUAUUCUGGCAAGCCAAUCCCGGCAGAAGACAGCAAGUUAGCCUGAACCACUUUAAAUGUCCUAUUAAUUUACAAUUUACUAAGUACUGCCACCGAUGCGGCCUAUAUAGUUACGAAGAAUGACUAUAAUUUAAUAACUUUUUGAUAUUGAUUUACAAAUGCUCGAUAUGAACGAAUUAUCGAAAUCGUAUUCUUUUUUUUAAGUUAAUUGAAUAAGAUAAGAAACCUGAACGAAUAAUCGAUGUUCCUUCGUUAGUUUCUGCAGCUAAUGAAUAUUAUAAAACUGUUUAUUUUAAAGCUAUACUUAAGAUAUAUCUUUCGAAAUA